AUGGAAGACAAAGAAGUGGGAAUUUUCACGGUUAUGCUGAUGUUAUGGUGGAGUGCAGGGAAUUGUGUGACUUUCGAUUCAACAGUUGCAAAAGAUGGUUCAGGCAACUACAAAAGCAUCACUGAAGCGUUACAUGCAGCUCCGAAGCAGAGUAAAAAGUCAUAUUUUAUACAUGUCAAAGCAGGAGUUUACCAUGAGAACAUCACUGUUCCCACUGAUAAAACAAAUAUAGCCCUUGUUGGUGAUGGUAUGGGAGUCACAAUAAUUGCAGCAAGUAAAAGUGAGAAAAAAGGAUUUGCAACACCUAACACAGCCACAUUAGAAGUUUACGGCAGCGGUUUUAUUGGAAUGAAGAUGACAAUCAGGAAUACUGCUAGAGCAAUAGGUGGUCCAGCGGCUGCAUUAACUAGUGCAACUUAUUUUAACGGUUUCGCUUCAUAUUAUCAAUGCAGCUUUGAGGGUUUCCAGGAUACGAUUUUUGCGCAAAUAGGAUCGGCAUUUUUUAGAGAAUGUAAGGUCUAUGGCACCAUAGAUUUUAUCUGUGGUGAUGGAAAAGCCAUUUUUCAAAAUAGUGCAAUUUAUGCAAGAACACCAUUACCUGGACAAGGAGUCAGAAUGCUUGCCCCGGGUUUAGACAAUUUUACUCAAAAUCCUGGGCUAGUUCUUCAGAAUUGUACAAUAUCCCCUGCAGCAGAUUUUAAAAAGUCAUCGGUGAGAAGCUUCCUAGGCUGGCCAUGGAAAAAUCAAGGGAAGGGAGUAAUUAUGUCAAGUUAUAUUAAUGACUUUAUUGACCCGCAAGGCUGGACUCCAAAUCCCAAUGUGAAGAUCAUAUAUUUGGCGGAGUAUAAUAAUAGAGGACCAGGGUCCGGUAUCAAAGGAAGAGUAAAAUGGUCGAAAAUCAUCGAUAAAACAGAAGCGUUUAAGUUCACAGUGCGUAACUUUAUGCACGGUGAUAAAUGGAUCCCCAACAUAAUCCCACAUUAUUUAGAUCUUUGA